AAACUGAAGUGCUACAAUAAAUUAUACAGGAUUAUAAUAUUCAGUUUUAAAUGACAACAACCCAAGCCUAGUUUCUUAUGGUUUUUGAAGUUUCUCAGGAAAACCAGAAGUCCAGAACAACUUGAAGCAAAGGUUCAGGAGCGAGCAUAGAGGAGGUGAAAAGGCAUCUGGCUGAAUCUAAUUAUCUCCCGAGGCAGUAGUAAUGUCCGUGACGCUUCACACGAAUCUGGGCGACAUAAAGUGCGAAAUAUUUUGUGACGAGGUUCCAAAAACUGCUGAGAGUUUUUUGGGGUUGUGUGCAAGUGGCUAUUAUGAUGGGACCAUAUUCCACCGGAAUAUAAAGGGUUUUAUGAUCCAAGGUGGUGAUCCCACAGGGACAGGAAAAGGUGGUACAAGCAUUUGGGGGAAAAAGUUUAAUGAUGAGAUACGGGAAUCACUCAAGCAUAAUGCUAGAGGUAUAUUAUCAAUGGCCAACAGUGGUCCUAAUACAAAUGGUAGCCAGUUCUUCAUAAGCUAUGCGAAGCAACCUCAUCUCAAUGGAUUGUAUACUAUCUUUGGAAAAGUUAUUCAUGGGUUUGAUGUCCUUGACGUCAUGGAAAAGACCACAUGUGGACCAGGGGAUCGACCACUUGCUGAGAUUAGAAUAAGUCGAGUUACAAUACAUGCAAAUCCACUUGCUGGCUAAAUCCAUUAUGUGGUGCGAGAAGUGAUACAUACAUGCUACUUCCCUUUGGAACCUCCUUUUGAAUAGUCAUAUUGGUUCAACCAUGAACCAUCCCAUCUGCAUAUUUUGACAUCCUCGUUGACAUCAGUACCAUAUCCCUAACAUGAUCUAUGCACGCCAAAUUUAGGUUCAUAUGGAAUGAUUUUACUGUAACCGUGCUUAGCUAUAUUUUCUUUCAUGUGACCAUUGAUGGAUUACAUUUGCUCGGUUUUUGCAGUUUGUGCAUUGUCUAAACAUUGGUUUGCUAGAUCAGUAUCUUUUUCAUCAGUUUACAACUUGACUAACUGAUGGUGAACAAGCCACAUAUGUUCACGUAAUCAUGUGUUCACAUCAUACAAUCUUCUAACUGCACCAACAUUUUUUACAGAUAUACCUUUAGUUAACAUACACCAACUGGUUUUUAUUCUGCGAGUCAACAAGUAUUUCUUGUUGCAAAAAUCUCGUGUUUCA